GGGGACUACUUUGGGUCAACUUUGGCGGAAUACACGGUCCGCUCUGUCGCGUUUUGCGUCAGUGUCUGUUAUUCAAUACGAACGGUGCGAAUAUAGACUCGUUGGGGAUAAAUAGUGGCGUGGUGAGUCAUAUUUUGCGCAUUUUUUUGCGCGCCGCGGAAGGAUCUAGUUUUCUCGCGCGAGGGUCGACACAUCCGCCCAGUUUUCCGAUGUUUCGUUCCCCCCCGAGUUGAAAAUGGAGUUCGAUUAAAGCGAAUGCUGCAACUUGCGCGAGGAUUCUACAGCUGCGGGCUCAUCUCCACGCCGUCGCCGUGAGCCGAGAAGCGCGUUCGAGCUGUUUGCUUUGGCGUCGGAUGCCUUUACUACAGAUUACUGGGACACGUUGGCGGCGCUUUUUCAAGUGUUGUCCUGGAGCCGAAGUUGGCGUGUUGGAUGCGCGACACCGUCGCUGACCUGCUCGCCGCCUGGGAGACUUUUUGAAGGAUAUUGUACCCGUCGCUUUUCUCCGCCCGGACCCCGCUGAAGAGGACGAUGGCUCGUUUGUUGUGGUCGGAUUUUACUUCCAGGGAGGAUGAGAUGAAUCCACGGCUGUCAUUUCUGCUCGCGAUUUAGUUCCAGCCACAGUAGCUAACCGAGCUAGCUCCACUCGGGGCUGGUCUUAGUCCCCCGUCUCCCCUCCACUGAAGCCAGGCAUGUCCCCGACCUGCACUGCCUGUCUGCCAUCCGAAUUCAGAGGGAUUUUCUCCGUGUGAAGGAAGAAAAUGGUGAUAUUUGAGGCAUUCUAUCCCGCCGUCACUGCGUCGUCCAUGCUAUUGCUAGGAUUCGGAUCUCCGUGAGGAAAAAUGAGUGAAGAUUCAACAAAUCCAAACAACGAUGACAGUUAUGCGCGCGUGAGAGCAGUGGUCAUGACUCGGGACGACUCCAGCGGUGGCUGGCUCCCCCUGGGCGGUGGGGGUCUGAGCUGCGUCACCGUCUACAAGGUGAGCCGGGCCGAGGACAGCAGCAGCACCCACAGCGGAGGCAGCCGGGGCAGCAGCAGCAGCAACCUGAGCCCAUGCAGUCCCAGUCCGAGUCCCAGUCCACCCGCCGUGGAGUUCCACAUCAGGGGCGAGAGGCUCAAAGACAAACUGGUGGUUUUGGAGUGCGUCCUGCAGAAGGAUCUUGUCUACAACAAGGUCACACCCAUCUUCCACCACUGGAGAAUCAAUGACAAGAAGUUUGGAUUGACGUUCCAGAGCCCCGCAGAUGCUCGUGCCUUUGAUCGAGGCGUCCGACGUGCCAUCGAGGACAUCUACCAAGGUUGUCGGUCUUUUGGUGAGGGCGACACUCCAGAGGAUGGACUUCCGGUUCUUGAUGCACCGCCACCCAUCUGCACUCCGGUGAAGGAGCCCUUCUCGCCGCUCAACAACGUCGUCUCCAGGGGCUGCUACGUGCGCACGCAGCCCUUUGAUGAGUUCCCAAACAGCAACCGCCGUUACCUGCCCCCUCAGACCUCGUUCAAGUCAUCGCGUCACGUCAGCUUCCGGGUGGACGAGGAGGAGGAAGUCGUGCGCAUCAACCCACGCAAAGACGUUCUCAUCCGGCGCUAUGAGGACUACCGCCAUCCUGUUAUGUGGAAACCAGAGACCGACCGCGAAGACCUGGACUUCCCCACCGCCUUCCAUAAACUGGACAGUAAGAAGUGCGAGUACCUUUAUCCCCCAGGAGGGGAGCCCCACUCUGGUCCUGGCAUCGGCUCUGGCAUCGGACUCGGUCUGGGCAAAGACACUGCCAUCAAGACUCAGCCAUCCCCUCUGCUCAAGUCUAAGAAGGGGCGGCGGCGGCGGGAGGACGGCGAGCGCUCCCGCUGUAUCUACUGUCGAGAGAUGUUCAACCACGAGGACAACUGGCGGGGGCAGUGCCAGGACGCCCCGGACCCCAUCAAGCAGUGUAUCUACAAAGUCAGCUGCAUGCUGUGCGCCGAGAGCAUGCUGUACCACUGUAUGUCCGACUCCGAGGGAGACUUCUCGGACCCCUGCUCCUGCGACACGUCGGACGAGCAGUUCUGCCUGCGCUGGCUGGCCCUGGUGGCGCUGUCCUUCAUCGCGCCCUGCAUGUGCUGCUACCUUCCGCUGCGCGCCUGCCACCACUGUGGCGAGGCCUGCCACUGCUGCGGGGGGAAGCACAAGGCCGCCGGGUGACCCCCGCUGCCCUCUCAGCGCGACACAGGAAGAAGCGGAAAAUGAAAAGCCGGCAUCCUUUUUUCAUUCCUCCUCCAGAGGGGAGCGAAGUUGUUGACCCUCCUGCUCUGAGGGGCUUUUGGAGAUUUCAGUUUGCGUUUGUCGCCAGCGAGCAGCAGAGGGAGACACAACGUACCGUUUGUGGAGCUCUUAGCGACCUGGAGCUUAAACUGAGGCGAAGAUCAAGAUUAACAGAGUUGUUACUAAACACACCUGUACACACGCACGUCACAACUCUACAAGUGGAACUAUGAAGGAAAUUUGUCUUUUGUACAGAGCAACACGUUCACUACACAAACUCUUCUUCAAGCUGUUCUCAGCAAAAAGGGAUUUGUUCAGGCUUCUCCAGCCGCACUGCAGCGGCUUCCUGUCGGCUUCUAUGUCAGCUUCGCUCACCUGGUGGAGAAGUAGGCGCCAGAUGACUCUGGAAAGUUCUUAACCCAUGCGUCACCCAUAUCAACCUCUCUCCGUUCCACUCAAAAUGUGAAUCCGAUUUGGUGCUUUCAGGAGGUUCUCCGUGAAUUCCGGGUGAGUUUGAGACUCAACUGCAUUCCAGAAUAAAGGGAUUCACCGGUAGAAGGGAAGUCCAGACUCACGGAAACACACGUCACCAAAAAUGGCCGUUUCAGCACAGUCAUUUCCUGCUUCUCCUCUUCAUCACCACCCUGAUCAUUUUGAACAAAUUCUGGUCAACCAGCAAGUUUUUGGGUGAGUUUGGGGUUUCGGCUCUCGUGGGCUCCAAUAACAAGGCACUUAAAGUUGAAUUUCCCUUCGUGUUGUUUUUAUUAGGCUGUAAAUAAAGAAGGUAUAAUUUAACAUCCAAGUUUGGGUUCAAAGCACUGCCCCUUCCGACACACCCGCCCACCCCUCAAGCUUCGGUUGCAGCGGCGUCUCUGAGAGUCUCAUGUUUGGUCCCACAAUCGAUCUUUUUGUUCGGUGUCCUGCUCCUUCCAUGUGUCUUUAACUGCCCGAAUGAAUGCAGCGUUUUGUUCUGGAGCAGCUGAGCAUUGCAGUUAUUAAAUAUUGUGUGUGUGUGCGAGCAUGUGUGCGUUCCCCACAAUAUCGUUGUGUUCCUCCUAAAUGAGGUGAAAAGAAUUGUGUUCGGAAUCAGCUGCGAUCAGUUCUGUGACAUCCUGUUUACUGAGCCCUUAAAAGAGAGCAGUGGUCCCGAGGUUGCGGCGCCACCAUGUCCCAUCAGUGUUGCCGGCCCUUUUCAGAUCUCCAGAUUCUGUUGUCAGUUUAAGGUUAAGGUUAAGAUUUUCAGUUGGGCUGAGGGGGAGGCCCGCGCCUCCGAGCAAGAAAGGGCGGAACUCUCCAGGGAGUCCUGCACCAGUAUCUUAGUGAGCCUCACAUACAGGAAAGCACUCCUACUACAGGCCCCAUAAUGCACUGCAACAGUUGGCGCUCUUAUUAUAAAGUCUAAUUCCUGAAUCGGUUCCCCUUUGUGGUGACACAUCUGACUUCUGGUGAUAUUGAAAGAUGCUUUGGCAAGUGUGUAAAGUGGUGGAGUAAUGAGUAGAACUGUCUGAAGAGUUAACAUUAUCGACCCUCAUUUAGAUUCUCUGGAACACGAUUGGUGACUCGGCUGAGCUUGAGUCCAGGCCAUUCACGUCAGGAAUUGUGAAAUCCAGUUCCAGCACUUCCUGACUGGCGCCUCCACAGCUAGCAAGUGGAUAGAUCGACAAGCACUUGGGCGGCGCUAGCCUAUGUAUGUCCACAAACACUUUUUGCAUUUCUUCAUCGGCCAAAUGAAGACCAGAAAUUUCUCCAUCCCGCUUGUGACGCCAAACUCUGACACUUACAUUCUAUGCAAACUCCACCUUCGCUUCCCGCUUGCUGCGAAACUCCUGUAAAUACUGAAUUAUUUAAAAUCCGCGCCACGUGCGACGUUUGUUUCCCGCCCUGUAGCUUCGAUGGACAGCGUUUCUGUACAUACGUUAUUGUAUUAUUUCAUGUUGAAAAGUGGAGGGCAACACAUCCAGGAAUUAUAGGUUCUCUCUAGUUUUGUACGUUAUAAGAGGCGCUAACACGGUACAGUAGUGGCAGUCUUUCUUUGAGAGAUUUGAUAUAUAGAUAUAUAUAUAUAUAUAAACAUGUGUGAAGAUAUACGGCUGCUAGAUACAAUCACUAAUUUUAUUGUGCUGACAGAGGAACUUUAGCUAUGAACGACUGUUAAACCCUCAUGUAACCAGGUGUGUGUCUGUCUGUGUGUGUGUAUGUUUCACCUGCGUCUGUCUCUGGAAUCGAGCUGAACCGAGUUUGAACCUGAAACUUGCUGGCUGAGACCCAACAGUGGUUUGUCUUUCCUCAUGAGCGUAGAGAAUGCCGACUCGUCAUUAACCAGCACAGUGCAAGUUCCUGUCACGUACUGUAAGAUAUAUAUAUGCAACAUGUGUCUGUCCGCUUUAAUAAAUAUAAAUAUAUAUAUCUAUAUUUUUCGACCUGCGUUAUUACAAGACUUCAGUUUUAACCACUUUGCUGCUCCACCUCCUUCAAGCUCCGGAAUUUGGGAAAUGCAUCCAAAUGUACAUUGUGUAGAUUUACAAUGAUAUAAACUCUUCAGUGUGUUUGUUUUGAAGAACUCUGUGUUUUUGUUCCUCCGACGCUUUGGUGCACUGAUUUUUUUUUUCUUUUUUUUUUUUUAAUCCACCCUUCAGCUCUUGAUGUAACAUUUUUGUGAUUAGUUCUAAAAUAGUGGAAGAAUUUGUGUUUUGAAGCUCGCAGUUUAAAACGGUACUGAACUCUGUAAAAACACUGCCUGUUGAUUUUCCUCUGGCUCGCGCGUGCGUCGUCUUCUUCAGUUCUCGCUGUGCCAUCUCUCUCACGUCCUCACGCUUACGACAAGUGCCUCACGUUUCCAUCUCUGGUUCUGUUGGUUCUCACGCCUUCGUUUUGAUCGUCACGGUUGGAGAAGUUUAUGAUGUAUAAAGAAUUUAUAGUCCUGGAAUAACUUUUUUUUUUGUUGUCAUAGUUGUAUUUUCUUUAUACGGACGUAGCUUGUUACUUUUCAUAAAUAUAUAAUGUAAAUACGCAUCAACAUGUUUGUAACGGUUUUAUGUUACACCACACACUUGUAAUUUGACAUAUCAAAUAACAUUAUCAUAAUAAAAUGUUGAGUUUUAA